AUGAUACAGGCCCCGGGGAAAGAGCAAGAUAUCAUGGAGGUGGCUCAGGCGCAAGAGGGGGAUGGCAAGGACAGCAAGGAGAUUCAGAAAUCCAAUAGAUUCACUCCCUAUCUGACAACAGUUCCAAGGUCCGUGACAAUGUUUAAAAAGCUCCAAGUAGAGAAAACGCCUGAUUCUUCAAGUCCCCCAGAGAUAUUAGAUCUACAAUACAGUGGUCCCCUGGAGGGGCCGUUCGGCUUAGGUCCGCUAGUUUUCUCUGUCUUUCAACGUUUCAACAAUAUUGACUUCUUCCUGAUUUUGUUCUUUGUGGUUGUCCUAGCUCAUGGAUUUACAUUUGCCUAUGUUGAUCGGAGUUUUAAAAUAUUGGAGGAGGUAUUUGCUCUGACAGAUACAGAGAGAUACUUAAUGAAUAACAGUGAUUAUUAUGCAUCUUUGAUGGUAGCAAUAUUUGUAGCAUACUACGGAAGCAGAGGGAACAGGUCAAGAUGGAUGGCAGCUUCUGCCUUUAUAUUAGGAAUUGCAUCAGUUGUAUUUGCUAUUCCUUUCUACAAGUAUGAAAUUAUAAGGCAAUCCGAAGAUAAGGAAGAUUUGUGUGAAGUAAAAAAUGCGACAGAUUGUGGGACAUCUAGAAUGCCACACAGAUCAAUAUGUAUCUAUCUCUUCAUCUUCGCCCAGUGUCUUCACGGAAUCACGGAGAUGCCUUUUUAUAUCCUUGGUUUCACUUUCAUUUAUGAGCAUACUCCCAAAUUAUCUACUGGCAUCUAUAUAGCUGUCGCUGAUUCUGCACAAGUAUUUGGAUACGCUUUAGGUACUGCAGUAGGAGCCUAUGGUGCUAGAUCUCAGAAUCAAGCUUUGAAUGAAAAGUUACCCGGUGGAAACAAGCUAAUGCUUGAGAAAGAAAAGGAACAUCUCUUCUUUGACAAGAGACUUGAAAAUAAGGAAUUUGGACCUAGAUUGAAGGAUUUACUUCAGGCUGUUAAGUGUCUGGUCUGCAACCCGCUGGUGAUGUGCUGCUCACUGUGCAAAACGUCAGAGUGCCUGACUCUUAAGGGAAAUCACGAGUUUGUGCCUCUAUAUUUAGAAAGUCGGUUUUUGAUGACACCGACACUUGCCAGUCUUCUCACAGCACUUUUUAUGAUUUGUGGAUAUACAGUUGGCCGUUUCCUGGGAGGUUUAAUUGUAGACAGAUUGGAAAUGUCUUGCAGGAACAAAAUAAGAUUUACAGUAUUGACAUCUUUUGUAUCACUUUGUCUUUUUGUAUUAAUCCUUUCUGUAGAGUGUGAAACAGUGAAAUUUGCUGGAAUCAAUGAAGAUUAUGAUGGGACAGGUAUCCUUGGAAACCUCACAGCUCCAUGCAAUGAGAAAUGUGAUUGCUCAAGCAGACGCUAUGCUUCUUUAUGUGGAAGGAAUGAUAAAGAGUAUUUCUCUGCAUGCUAUGCAGGCUGCACUGCUUAUAAAUACUUGCAGGGUGAAAAGACAUACUACAAUUGCUCUUGCAUUAAGGAAGGCCUGGAAACUUCAGAUUCCGACGGUCAUUUUAUUGAUGCCACUUCUGGAAAAUGUAGUACCAAAUGUGACUCAUUACCCUUGUUUUUUGCUUUUUUCUUUUCUUCGGUUGUUUUUGCUAAUUUGUCUAAUGUAUCUGUCAACUUGUCUCUUCUCCAAAGUACACCUAUCAGUUAUAAUUCUCUGAGCAUGGGUGUAACCUUUACAACUUGGAGAAUAAUCGGAUCUGUUGUUCUACCAGAGAUUUUUAAAAAAGUAUCAACAGAAUCUUGCAUUUACUGGAACAUUAAUAAAUGUGGAUUCAGAGGACGUUGUUGGAUCUACAAUGUCUCAAAAGUGGUCUACAUGAUGAUGGGAAUAAAGAAGAUGGAAUACAAUGUUGGAAUUCUGGCCACGUCAGUCAACCCUUCGGUGGGUACGUUAGCUUCCUGCACCGGCAGUAACGUUCCCUGCAGAGUUUAG